UAUAUUUUUUUUACUAUGUUUAUUAUAAUUUAGCUUUCAAGUUACGAUAAAUUCUCUUUUAGAUUUUUUAAACUGAGACGAUUUAGAACUAUUAUUCAUUUAGAACAGAGAAAAAUAGAAAGAGUCACAUAUUCAAAAUGAUGAAUAAUAAAUGAAUUUAUUAGCCAUUCUAGUUUGCGGUGUGCCAGACCGGGCACGAGACAAUUCCGAACUCAACGACGCACUCCACGCUUCCUUAAUUAAUUGCUUUAAACGAUGUUAAUAAGCAUGUGUAAUCUUCGUACUCCUACAACAAUUUCAGCCCAGCGUUGCUUCUACUCUGCCCUUUUCGGGGGGACAUAACAAUUUCACCUUCGUGCGACAGUCACACUCAUCUCGACUGUUUGUUCUCGUCCAGUCAUCAAACCAAACAUUAUUUCAAAAGAAAAUGUAUUUGAAACUCCUGAUUUGCUUGUUUAGUUUAACAUUUAUUAAUAAUGUUCACGGCGAGAAUUUUAUGAGCAGUAUUUAUCACUGCUCCGAAAGUAAUCCGCAGUCCCACGUCGACAUCGACCAGUUAAUGGGCAUGUGGUAUGGAAUCGAGAUAAUCAACCAUAAAAGCGAAGCGAAACACGACACGACUGUGGAGGAGGGUUGCCCGGUAUUGUACUUUUCCGAGGAUCGAACUCCCACGACCUACCGGCCCCUUUACGGUGAUCACAAUUAUCAGAGCAACUUUGGUUCCGGGUAUGGGCGUGGAUACAAUGGGCCGAAUUUAAACGUAUUUGGGAAGAACGAAGAAGACAUGUACACAUCGCAAUACACCACUCAAAACCCCAUCUACAGCAGCGAAUAUCAGCAGUACCUCAACAAUCCAUCUCAGGGCCAGAUACAAGGUCAAAAUCAAGACCACCAAGACCAGGACUACUCGACGUACAAUAAACACUAUCGAAAUCCAAACGUUCACGAUCCGACUCAUCGUCUGCGUUAUCAUGAACAAAUUAAGCGCAUGCGUUUGUUGUGGGACGAAAAAGGAGUGCACACUGAAUAUUCAAUUAGAUACAAUGUCACUAAACCAGGAGUAUGGAUUACAUCAGGUCCACAAAAUGGAUCAGCAUUGGAACCAAAGUUUAACUCGUUCGCCGGUACGAUGCAAGUGCUGAAAGCUGUAGGCAACCACAUGGUGCUGUCAUUUUGUCUACAAAUGCCCGAUCAACAACUGUUUACUGUUUUAUUGUCGCGUGUGCAAAAUUUCAGCCAAUAUGAAAUUCAUGGUGUGCAUAGCAUGCUACAGAGGUACGGCUAUACUACAAAUUCCAUCCGAAGAGUUUGUACCUACAAUGGCGCCCUCCCUAUUGGUGAAUUUAACUAUUAUUAUCUUUUCAUCAUGGCAGUGUGUAGUUUUUUCAUUCGCACAUUUUAAAUGUGACAUUUGAUUUAAAGAUAAAAUUCAUCAUAAAAUAGUAAAAGAACACUAAUUAAUUAAUUUUUUACAGUGAAUUUGUUUAUAAUUAAUAUAAAAAACUAUUCAUAUUAAA